GUUAAGUGGGCUAACUGACGUAAAACCUCGAAAGAGAAGAAGAAACUCGGUGACUCUGACGUCAUCACGUAGAACGUGUAGCACUGAAGCAACAUGGCUCUGAAUGGAGACGACAAGGACUUUGAGUGGGAGCCUCCAACAGAGGCAGAGAUGAAGGUGAUACAGGCUCGAAGGGAGCGACAAGACAAAAUCAGCAAGCUGAUGGGAGACUACCUGCUCAAAGGAUACAGGAUGCUGGGAGAGUGCUGUGACGUGUGUGGGACAAUUCUUCUCCAGGACAAACAGCAUAAAAACUACUGUGUCUCAUGUCAGGAGCUGGACUCGGAUGUUGACAAGGACAAUCCUGCUCUGAAUGCACAGGCAGCGUUGUCCCAAGUGAGAGAGAGACAGCUUGCAGCCCAGUCCACUGCGCCGUCCCAGGCCCCAGAACUCAACGGAGGCCCCAGCAGCAGCAGUCAGGCAAGUGUGUCAGUUGCUCUGCCCAGACCGGAGCACUGUGAGGGGGCUGCCGCAGGGGGAAGAGCUCUCCUGCCUCUGCCUGCUGUCCCUUCUCCUUCAGCUCCUGCCCCCGCCCCGGUCCUGGCACCUACUCGCCCCCCAGUUAUUCCACAGAGCGCCACCAUCCAACCUAUGUUGCAAGAAGCUGAGGAGGCUGUUCUAAUCAAACUUCGGUGGGCCACUAACCAGCUACAGAGUUCGGCCUCCCUGGAAUCAAGUAUCCAGCUCUGCAGCCUUAUCACCAGCUGUGCCAACUCGCUGCGCAGCCUCAAGGAGCUCAGCCAGUAACCGUCAUGGAAAAGGUUGAAACCCUGGAGCGUUGUUUGUUCUUGCCUCUGUCCUUGAAUACUGACUCUGGUUUGCUGCUUCGCAGCAUCUCUCCCUUACUGACUCCUUGCAUAGAACUGAAUUUAUAAUUGGUCAGCAAAAGCACUUGAAAUAAGAUUAAAUGUCAUAAGUUCACAAGAUGCUCUUGAGUUAGCAAAACUAUAUGGCUGGCAGAAAUAUCAUGUUACAUUGUUUCCUAAAAUGUUUAAGUACAAAGGUUUGAACAUUUGACUGUUUUUGUCAAUUUGUAAGUUAUGAUAUAAUGCAGGAACCGAACAUGUCUAAAUGCACAUUAGUCAUUGGUAUGAAUUUAAAACCAUCUGGCCAUUAAAACAUAAAAAAAAAAACAGUAUACAGUAAAACACUGCUAACUUAUUUCCAUAGUCUACUGGCUUUGAUUAAUCCAUAUUACAACAUCAGUUUUCUGAUUGGUUGUUCAGUAGUUUCAAAAAUGGUGUUGGGUUGCAAAUUCAAACAAAAGCUAAAACUCCAGUGCCAGAAUGUCUGUAUAAUUGUUUAUCAGCACAUGCAACAGUGUCUGUGCUGAUGUACAACAUAAUACUAGACUGAAAGUCAUCAAUUAAAAUGUAAAGACUGUUAGUGUAUUGUUAAAAACACCAGUCCUCUGAUAAGAGAUGCAUUUCUCUAUUUACUGUUUGUUCUGGAUUCAGAAGGAGAGUCUCUGAAGCUCUGGUGAUGCAAAGAUUGUCAAUGUGUGCGGGCAGUUCUGAGGUUUUUAUUGUAAAUAUAUUUGAUACAUGAUGGUGAUGAUGAUGAUGAUGAUGGUCAUGUGAUGCUCGGAUGAAAUUGGCGACAUUCAGGAGUCAAAGUCAUAGUUCUUCAUUCAUUAAAACCAUCUAGAGCAAAUAAACUGUGCACUGUUCAUCAAUAGAAAGCACUUCAUAGUAGAUAAAAGCCAGCUUCAGUGUUGUUCAAGAGUUUUUCUAAUUCUGCAGUUUGUUUCUUUCCACAAGAGGGCGCUAAAUGCAAACCACGAUGCUGCAAAGUUUAAUUGGAAAACGCUGUAUUUAAACAAGUAGCAUUUAAGUACCAAUAAACAUGUAAAUUGCAUUGCUGUUUAAAAAU